GAGUAGGUUGGGCAUUCAGUCAACAUAUUAGUUCCUGUGAUACGAUUUUGAUUUCAUUCAUUGCUUACCUUCUUUAGCGGUUGCUGUACCAAAGAAUUUAUUAACGUCAUUUGUUUAUUACACAGAGGCAAGAAAUAUAAUGGAUUCAUCCAUGUGCAAUAAUUGUCUAACGUUGUCCCAAAAAUCUUGGUUGUAUGUCUUCGUAGUAGCCAAGCUAACCUUAACUUCAGGUGAGUAAACACGUUAAAAAAUUUACUACGAAAAUUACUACAACUUCCACGUGUAGCGACGAACUGUUCUCGGUGGAGUAACGAUUUCUUCAAAUUUCGUAUAGAAAUCUAACAAAACUUUCAACAAAAUAUAUUGGUUUUAAAAAAUCUGUUAAGUUGAUACUUCUUUGACAACAAGAGCUGUUGCAAUUUUCUCGAGUUUGGUUGGCUAUUCAGUCAAGCCUGUUUCCGUCCGAUAAAUUGUAUCGUGAAAUUGACAAGGGUUUCUCUUAGUGAAAGUGCAAGUGAAAGCUAUUCCACUCAGGAAUUUUUGUUUCUCGAUCGUACGAUUCUCUCAGGAGGAAACCUUUCGUGUUUUGAGAAGCUUGUAACAUCUAACAUUACGCUUGAAAGUGUUUGAGAUUGAUUGAUUGAUCGAAAUCAAUAGCAUUUCUGAAGAACUUUUAGUUGUAUUAUUUUGUAGAUAGAUCUUUCACAGGGAAUAAUUAUUUGUCUCUUCCUUGCGCCUCUGAGUAGAGCAGGCCAAGUUUCCUGCGGCCGGCCUUGAUCAUUUUUGAAGGACGCUGGAGUGUAGGAAAUACCGCGCAAAUGUGCGAUGUAAACGCGAUCACUGAGAUUUAUUACAGUGUUUCGUGAUCUUAAAUGUGGCAACGAAAUUGUACCGAUAACGUGGGCCGACUCGCACUAAUUUUCACAAACUGAGAGAUUGUGCUUACGAAAUCACUUUUGAUUUACACUAACAAUGCAAGUCGCAAAAUGCGCGGAAUUUGCCACCUUUAGUUGAAAUUUAUUUAUGUACAAAACAGUUGCUCUGGCGUUUGUUUUGUGGUUCUUAAAACACCUUCAUUGAAAGAUAUCCCAGCCAUUUCAAACAAAUGCUUUGGGCAUUGCAUCCUCCUUACAUAUCAAGACCAAAAGGUAUCAAAAUUUCUACUCUCGAAAGAUCUAAGAGUACUCUUUAAGUCAGAUCGGCUUCACUAUGUAAACAAUCAUGUUGGCCACCGCUUCGAAAUUAAUUUUUGUAGCAAGUAAUAUUUGUUCCUCCCUUGCAACCACCAAAGUUAAUUUACAUACGGCUGGCGUGCCCUCUUCCGUUCAGUAGUAACUUUUUAUAUGUUAAAAGUUCACCAAAGUCCUCGACUCCUCAAGACACAGUUACUCCCAAAUAUGGUUAAAUUGCAGAAUACCCUGCCACUCAUUUACAUGUCAUUGAAUGAGAAUAGCGUCUAUUGUGUUAGCCUCACGACACAUGUAACUGAGGUGUUACUCCCAAAAUAGUUUCUUUCUUUGCAAUGUAUGUACUUGUUAAAUAUUGUGGUGAUUUCUUCCUCUAAUUCCCAUCAUGCUGCUGUUGUAGAGCAUACUAACCUGAGCGUGCUUGCCCAACCUAAGUUAGGUUACCAAAAUUCUUUGUGAUAUUAAUUUUAAAGGGCACCAAAAUUGGAAAAAUAUCACCAGUCAUGACAAACAAACAAACAACUCUAGAUAGUAGCUUUGUGAUAAUUAAUUUUAUGAUGCCUGGACUCUAUCGCAAUUUUUAAUUGACCAUCCUGUACUAUUAAUAAAGGGGUAAGUUUCUAAAGAAACUGUGGUGCUGCGUCGGUGGGAGAGUAUAGCAGGUAAUUUAGUGUUAACAACUGGGUUGAAAACGUAAAUUAGCCACCGUAAAGGGUAAAAAAGCUGACGUUUCAAGCGUUAGCCCUUCGUCAGAGCGAUUGACGAAGGGCUAAUGCUCGAAACGUCAGCUUUUUUACCCUUUACGAUGGCUAAUUUACGUUUUCAACCCAGUUGUUAACACUAAAUUACCUGCCAUCCUGUACUAUUGUUUGAAUUAAAAUAUUCUUAUAACUAGCACCCUUUAUUUAUGUUAUUCUCUUGUUUACAUUUGUUCAUACACUCUUCUUUCCUUGAGUAUCAUUCUCAAAUAUAUAUAUUGGCCAUGUUUAAGAGUUAAUAUACUAAUUGUUACUUAUAAUAUUUUAAUUCAAUCACUUUAGUUCAGGUCUCUGCAAUACAACUCCCAGAGCAAUCAUGUAAACCAAGACCAGUAGUGUUGGGUGACCAGACUGAAGGUUACAAACCAUACCAUGUGUUGCUGUACCGCUGCUCAGGAACUUGUGAUGACAUCAACCCAGUGCGUAAACCCUGCAUACCAUCAACCACAAGAGAAAUUGACAUUAAAGUGCAUGAUCCCUCCAAUGGAAAAGAUAAGAUCAUUAAGGUUCUAAAUCACACAAGUUGUGAUUGUGAAUGCAACCUUGACUGUGAUUUGGAUAAUGGCCAGGUUCCAGAUGGAGAUCAAUGUAUCUGCAAAUCUGGACCGUUGCCAUCUGGGGGGAAACCUGAUACAGGUAGGUAAUGACUGUAUAAGAUAAUGAAAGUAGGAAUAAAUGAAGUUUUUCCCUCAAUCAAGAUGAUAACAAAAUUCUUGAGUAUGAUUGGCUAACACAAGCCCGAUUUGAGCACUUACAGGCAGUGUACACAUCCUGCUUGUUAUUGGACAGUGUAAUAGGACAGUUAAAGGACAGUUAACACAUCAUGCCUGUGUAAGUUGACAGAAUGCAUCAUGUGUGCGCUUUUGACUCAUUUUGCUGAGUUAACUGUUGUUUGUUUGUUUAUGAAAAAAACAAAAAACUGAUGUCUAGUUUCUUUUUCAAAAUUUGCCAUAGUUUUGAUUUAUUGGUAAUGGACUUUGUGUCAUCCAAUUCUGUCUGUAAUCAUACUUGUGAUUAACAAAUCAGACUCCCGCUUUGCAGUUGUCCAAUUUUGUUAAUAACUUGUAUGAUUACCAAUUGAAUUGGAACACACAAAGUACUAUGACCAUUAUUAACUUGUGAACCUCUGCUGACAAAAACCCAGGUACAAUUGGUUUAAUAAUUAUUUUAACUUUGUUUUUAAUAGAGGAUAUUCUGCCGUACAAGAUUGGAUUGUAUGUGAUGAGUGUUGUGGCAUUUUGUGCUUUGGUUUUUGGAAUGAUCAUGUAUGCUAAGAGAAAAAAUUCCUGAAGAGGGUUAAGCAACCUUGCUGCAUGGGGAAGGGACAUGAAGGUUCGUAGUCUAUUCAACAAACAUUAAACAACAACAUGUAUUUAGGUCACAAAAUAUACACAAUAGAAACACAAUUUUCUAUCAUAGUUAUGAAGAAUAUCAAUGGUGUCUCGAUCAGUGUCAAACAUUUGUAGCUCUAGUACUGCUUUAUGAAUAGUAUUUAGGUUCAUGAGCAGUUUCAUCAUUUGUUUCAAGUUUUUGAUACAGAACAUGUAUAUCAAGUGCAAAAUUAUUAGUAAGGGAGGAAAUUAAGAUAAAUCUCUGUUGUUGAAUAUUCCCUUAGACAGUCACAUGAAUUUGGUUCUUUCCAUUUGACUUUCCAGUAACAACUCUGUAAUGAUUUGUGUUAUUUUUUUUACGCAGACGAUGCUGUAUGAAGACAGAUUUGGAUAAAAUAUAAUGCAUGGUGUACAGCAUUAGAAGGCUUAUCCUAUGAUUACUGGCAAUGGUCAUGGCAAACAAUUUUAGGGAUAUUUAGGUAUCUGUAAAGGUUAAACACCCAUGAUCACAAGUAGACAUAAUUGUUUAGUUUAUGUACAUACUAGGUUUAUAUAUGAUUUUGUUUACAGCCUAAGGCUAAAUAGGUCAGUGAAUGAAGAUAGUCAUGUUUUUACACUUUGUAAAUAGUUAACUUAACAUAUACUUGAGAAUGAAUACUUCUAGAACUCUUUGAGGUACACCUAAUUGAUUGAAACUGGCAAGUCUGACACCAUACCACAAGUUUGAGGUAUGAAAAAUGAAAACUUUGAUUUCUUCCAACAACCAAUUUUUUGUCUAACAGUAAGUAAGAGUUCUAACUGCUUCAAUCGAGACAUUUGGGAGAAGUGUUCUCUUGAAGUUGCACAAUAUAAAACAGAAAAAGAGGAUCCCUAUACUUUUAAGCAAAGUGUGAUUGGCAAUUUCUUUUCUUGUGAAACAUGAUUUCAAUUUUUUUGAGCGGAAUUGUGAUUAAAGAUGAUAAGAUCUUUUCAUGUCCUCAUGGGUAAUUUUUUUUUAAGAGUCCUGUAAAUGAAGGGCUGAAAUAAAUUUAUUUCGGAAACAUUGUUUUUAGAAAACAUUUGCAUUGUUCUCCAAUAGCUCUGGUUAAGUAAUGACAAAAUGUGGACUUCAUACAGAUCAAAGAAAGUCAUAACACAGACCAAUAAUGGGUUUUGUGUAAAUAGAAUAAGUUAUCAUCAUAAACUGAGUUUAAAAUGAGAAAAUUUUAAGUUGUAAGUUUGUGUUUUAUUUUAGGUGAAACCUGAUUGUUUCAAAUUUUGCGUCCAUGUGAAAAAAAUUUUGGAUGUUGUGCGCAAUGCUUGAAAAGGCCAAAUAUUUCCCUGGACUAAGUUUAACAAAGGGGUAUAGGGAACCCUUAAGAGAAGUCCAUAUCUCCAGGAACCCUCAAGAAAAGUCCAUAUCUCCAGUUGCAGUGUCUGUAGUACUUAAAUACAUGUUAAACAAUAUUUGUUUUUCUUGCUGUAGAGAUGUCUCCUCCAACAGUGGAACAUCAAAGGGCCUAUGGUUCACUGUACCAAACAUUGAUAAUGCAAAGUCAAUCAAUAUUUCAAAUAUCCUUAAUGGAUUUAAGGUUGUUCAAAAGAACAUUUUAAAAUUGAGAAAUAGUUUGUUACAUCAAGUAGCAGUUAGUUAUUGUAUAGUGAUAUUUGUAGGCAUUAAUUAAGAAUUAGAACACUUGCCAGGAAAAGGAAAGAGGUUAGCUGUAAGGUCAGGAAAUAACACAAUUUGCACAACUGUAAAAAUACUGUCAGUGUUCACAGUUGUAUAUCAUGUUCAUUUGAGAUUAAUUGAAAAGAAACCAUUACAUUUUGAAGUCUAGAAAUGUUAGAAUAUACAAAUUUGCAAUUUGUUGAUUUCUAAAUAUGGAUUUUUUUUAUCCUUUCUGGUUCUCUGCUGUGCUUGAUAACGGGUUUCAAUUCCUUAAUUAUAUUAAUAUUACAUUGUACUUAACUUGUAAAAUAAAGUGUG